GAGCCGGUCGUCCUUUUGUAUGAGCUGAAGAGCACCCUUGUCGCGAGCGGAGCGGGCAUGAUGUCGGUUUGAAAUAUCGUCAUCCAACCCACAACCUAAGUGCUUGUUCCCCCCUGUAGGCAUGGAAGCUGGCGUGUAUAGAUCGUGAAGGUGGCUCCGCGCCAACGACCCCGUACGAAACAUACACAUUACUUCACAAGCAUUCAGCGACUGCGACACACCAUCUGGGCGAUUUCUGGAAAUGCAUGGAAGCGCGGUUCAGCGAUCCACAUUACGUUUCGCAGACUUCAUCAUCAACAAACUUAUCGAAUGCGGCGGGCAGGAGAGCACUGAUUGUGGGCGCGGGGCCGGCAGGACUUCGGGCUGCUGUGGAGAUGUGUUUGUUGAGAUGUGACAAGAUUGUCGUGCUUGAGAAGCGAAACACAUUCAACAGGGUGAAUGUGAUGAGGAUACACACAAAGGACAUGGACGAGCUUGUGCAUCAGCUGGGGGCGAGAGACUUUUACCGCAAGAUUUGCGUUCAGGACCGAGAUGUCGUCGCCAUCAGACGCAUGCAGAUUGUUUUUAUGAAGAUGGCUUUGUGUUUAGGCGCUGAGAUCAUCCCCCAAGCCGAGCUAGCAGGCAUCGAACCCGACAAAGACACCCCCUACUGGACAGCCCGCACUACCACCUCAACACCACACGACCUAAAAUGCAACACCCUCGUCCUAGCCGGCGGCGAAAAAUCCAAACUCUCCUCCGACUUCGGCUUCUCCCGUACCUCCUUCCGCGCCGGCGUCGCCACAGGUAUCACCUGCAACUUCGUCCCCUCCCACUCGCCCGCCGCCGCCGACGCCAUGCAGGGCGGAGUCGUCUCAUAUCUCUCCGCGCCUUUCUUCAACUCGCUGAAAGAGAAAGGACUGGAUCUUGAGAACCUUGCCUCGUAUAUUACUGAGGAAUCGCAUUACCUCGUCAUGACGCCCAAACGCAGCACCCUGCUCAACAAGGGAAUUGUCAAGGAAGACCGCGCGGAUCCCGUGGAGUUGGUGCAACGUGAUAACGUCGACCGCGACAACUUACUCAAAUUUGCAAGAGAAGUCGCAACAAUGGCAGGUGUGCCACCGGACAGCGAAUUCCUCCAAACCACGUCAAGUAAAGGCGGCCCGCCCCGCCCGGACGUCGCCAUCUUCGACUUCACCGGCAAAACUUGCGCUACCGAACCCAGUAAAGCAAUUACCUCCACCUUCACGCCCCCCGGGAGCAACACAAGACACCCAAAAACCCUCCUAGUAGCCCUCGUCGGCGACGCCCUCGUGGAACCCUUCUGGCCAAUGGGCACCGGGUGGGCGCGCGCCGUGGGCAGUUGUAAAGCGCUAGGAGACUGUCUGAGGGAACUUGGUCCGGAUCCGCUGAAAUGGGGUGAGCGUGUGGAGGCGGUGUUGAAGGCGCAUGCGGAGCAGUAUAUUGUGUUGAAGAGUGAGAGUUAUGCGCCGAUGACGAAUGUUAUGGGGUCCAGUUGAGAGAUGGACGUCUUCGCCGUACGUGUUUUUUGAUGUACCACUCCAUCUAUGCUUUGUGUUUUUUUCAUACCUUACAUAGUCGGAUUACCCGCUGCAUAGCCGCUGAAAUUUUGUAUGUACUGUAUAUAGACGCUUAGCUCAUUGUUCUUUUUCUUUUCCUUUUCGCGUUGUGCGUUGGACCCUUUAAACAUUUCGUUUUGAUGUCGUGUAUCUGUGUACAAUGAACCCUAACAGUAUGAGAAAAGAAUAGUACCACCAUCUAUUAUAGU